CCCACAUCUGGGUCAACAUGCCUGUGAUGAAGGGCCUCCUGGCCCCUCAGAACACCUUUCUGGACACCAUCGCCACACGCUUCGACGGCACUCACAGUAACUUCCUGUUGGGCAAUGCCCAGGGGCACCGCGGCUACCCCAUCGUUUACUGCUCUGACGGGUUCUGUGAGCUGACCGGCUUCACCCGAACCGAGGUGAUGCAAAAGAACUGCACCUGCCACUUCCUGUACGGGGACGACACCAGCGAGCACGUGGCCCAGCAGAUAGAGAAGGCUCUGGAGGGCCGAGAGGAGUACCAGGCCGAAGUCCAUUUUUACAAAAAGAACGGUGUGGCCUUCUGGUGUUUCUUGGACAUUGUGCCCAUAAAAAAUGAAAAGGGGGAGAUGGUUCUAUUUCUUUUCUCAUUCAAGGACAUCACUGACACCUAUGGAAGGGGUCAUCUCAGCAGCAAGAGGGAAGAGGACAAGAGAUGCAGGAGGAAGAGCCGCUCUCGCUUCAGUGAGGCAAGGAAACAUGGACGCACUGUGCUGUACCAGCUGACCAACCAUUUCUCCAGAGGUGGCAAACAAGACGACAACAUGGGUGAAAGCAUGAAUGACAAGCCUACGGUACCAGAAUACAAGAUGGCAGAAGUGCAGACGUCACGCUUCAUUCUGCUCCACUACAGUAUAUCAAAGACCCUGUGGGACUGGCUCAUCCUGCUGGCAACCUUCUACGUUGCUGUCACUGUGCCCUACAACGUUAGCUUCUGGCCGUACGAUGACUCUGUCACAGCUGAACGCGCCACCAUCGUGAGUGACAUCCUAGUAGAAGUGCUGUUUAUUAUAGACAUUAUCCUGAACUUCUGUACCACCUAUGUGAGCAAGUCCGGUCAGGUGGUGUACGAGUCGCGCUCCAUUUGCAUUCACUACGUCACCACUUGGUUCUUCGUGGACUUGGUGGCUGCUUUGCCCUUUGACCUACUGUAUGUCUUCAAUAUCACUGUGACCUCCAUGGUCCACUUGCUUAAGACGGUACGCCUCCUGCGUUUUAUUCGACUUCUUCACAAGCUUGACCGUUACUCUCAGCACAGUGCCAUAGUGCUGACCUUACUGAUGUGCACGUUUGCCCUGGUGGCACACUGGAUGGCCUGCAUCUGGUACCUUAUCGGACACCAAGAGUUAGAGACCAGUAUCAAAUGGAAAGUAGGGUGGCUUCAUGAGCUCGGCAGACGUCAGGACACUCCAUACAUUAACAGCACAGUGGGCGGCCCGACACUACGCAGCUCUUACAUUGCUGCCCUGUACUUCACCCUCAGCAGCCUGACCAGUGUGGGCUUUGGAAAUGUCAGUGCCAACACUGAUGGAGAGAAGAUCUUUUCCAUCUGCAUCAUGCUGGUUGGUGCAAUGAUGCACGCUGUCGUCUUUGGGAAUGUGACAGCCAUCAUUCAGCGUAUGUACUCCCGUCGUUCUCUCUACCACACUCGUAUGUCAGACCUGAAGGACUUUAUCCGUGUUCACCGUCUGCCCCAGCAGCUUAAACAACGCAUGCUGGAGUACUUUCAAACCACGUGGUCUGUCAACAAUGGUAUAGAUGCCAAUGAGCUCCUCCACGACUUUCCUGAUGAGCUACGGGCCGACAUCGGUAUGCACCUGAAUAAGGACAUCCUUCAGCUGCCAGUCUUUAAUGGGGCCAGUCGUGGCUGCCUGCGCUCACUCUCUCUUCAUAUUAAAACCUCUUUCUGCGUACCUGGGGAGUACCUGAUCCGUCAGGGUGAUGCACUGCAUGCCAAUUACUUUGUCUGCUCCGGUUCCCUAGAAGUGCUGAAAGACUGUAUGGUGCUGGCUAUUUUAGGGAAAGGGGACUUAAUCGGGACUGAUCUGCCUGGAACUGACCAGGUGAUCAAGACCAACGCUGAUGUGAAAGCGCUCACCUACUGUGAUCUGCAGUACAUCAGUCUGCGCGGCCUGAGAGAGGUGCUGGAACUCUAUCCUGAGUAUGCCCUCGUGUUUGCCACCGACAUCCACAACAACCUCACCUAUAACCUACGGAAAGGCAGCCAGGAUGAGGGUCUCAGCAGAAUUUCCAGGUCACCCAGACUUCCCCACGAACCCAACCUCCCCUCAAUAGUGGAGACAAGGAAUGAUGACUCUGAUGAGUCCUUUUACCCAUCUCCAGCCACCCACUCCCGUCGUAAUCUCCUUCUCCCCAGCUUCACCAGUCCCGUUCGACGUACCUCCCUGGGGAAUCUGCUGGGGGAUGAACUGCGGCAGUUCAGUGCACUGCGACGCAGCCUUUCUCCAAACCUCAGCCGCAGCUUCCUUGGACAGAGCUCCUCUUCUCAGCCAGCGUUGAAAAAAGAGCGCAGUUCUCCAGCAUUAGCUCGGUCCCAGGCGUCAACAUCAACCCAAAAUGAAUUGGUAACUGUGCAAAAGCCUUCAAAGCUGCCCAUCCCAACUAUCACCUGUUUUGCACCACCAGAUCUUAGUCCCAGGGUUGUUGAUGGCACUGAAGAUACCGGGCACAAAUUCAGCUUCAGCGUGGAGCGCUGUAUAUCUAACACCAGCACAGGUGGCAACACCCAAGAGACCACACAAGCUAAUGCCACUCUGCUGCUGGAGACACAGGAGGUCAAGCAAGGCUUGAGCCAACUAAACCUUAAGGUGGGUACCUUACAUCAAGAAGUAUCAGAGCUGACCAAGGAUCUGCACCGCAUGAUAAAUCUCCUCCAAGCUCAUAUUUCUGUAAAUCAUCACAAGACCUCAUUCCCCUCCUGCAUUCCAACAGUCUCCAACACUGGCAUGCCAGCAGAUUUAACCUUCCACCUCCAUACCAAGCCUGGGAGCCUCCAAGCCCACAACCAAAGUUCCCCAGCUGCUGCCCAGUGGAGCUGCAGUGAAAUCGCUAAAUCCCAAACUGGGAGCCACCGGUCCUGUAGUCUUCCCACUAACUCUUGUCUGUCUGUAAGCUCUGCACCUAAGUUAGGUCUGUGUCAUAGCUCUGAGAGCAUGACUUCCCUGUGGACCAGCUCGUCUCCUCUCAGUCCAUGCUACUCUGGUGAACAACCUGGCCUAACACCUCAUGUGGGGCAUGAAGACUCCAGACGUCUCAGUGGUAGUCCCUCCACUAUUAGCCAGUCUCAUCCCACUUUGUGCCUGCAGCCUCCCAGUGAUGGAGGUGAAUUAUCUUGCCUUUUGUCCGGUGCUGCAACAAGUUCAUCUACGCACAGCCUGCUGGACCCACCAAGCAGCUCCUAUCCCCAUGUCAACAUUUCACAAGCCUCAAAAGAGGCCUUUCAUCCCCUGAGUCAGGAUACAUCUCUCCUCCACAUGAAGGACUCGCACACCUUCACCCAUCCCAUUUUUUCUUCUUCAUCUACUUUACUCUGCAAGCCAGCUGUCUCUCCUUUGGACCCAGGAUCAAUACAACUGGAAGAUUUACAACCCAGUCUCCCACUGGACAGCUCUUCUGCCUCAGAGUGCACCAGUUUCGAUUGUCUACUGGGAAACAGAGAACCUGUGGAAAGUAGGGACAUUGAAAGUACAUCAUCGCGAAGGUCCAGCAUUGGUGUUCAGACUCAGAGCACUGACCAGUCAUGGUGCCUGGACUUCGACUGA